UACUCCUGUGAUCCUAAAGAUCAUAUUGACUGAUGGCAGCUCUCAGAGGUUGACACUCUCACAUGGACUCCCUGAAACAGUUGAUGACCUUAUUGUUGAAGUAAAGAGACAAUGUGGACUUCAGGGCAACUUAAAACUUCAAUUCAUGGACUCCUUGUUUGGAAACGAGUUUCUCAACUUAACCUCAAUGUCAGAGGUGGACGACAGAGGCACUCUUAGAGUUAUUGAUAUGUCGGCCCACCACUAUGCAACAUGAUGAUAACUCUACUGUGCUUAAUUCAGUCCUACACCUCCAAGCAUCAAGUCCUUGCUCAACAACUGGCUCUUCAUCACGGCCAGGUGAACUUGUGGAUACAGACAUACUGUCAUCAAGUGAGUCUACAAGCUCACGGUCCUCCUGUCCAGCUGUGUUUCAUGUACCUAAGUUCUCCUAUGACACAGAGUUAAAACUUCAGCAGGCAGGUUUAGUUUACAUUCAAAAUGGCACUGCACUUAUUCCAGAUCCCAAGUUGAAGUCAGCUAUUCUUGUUGGAUUAGUGCAGCAAAUUGUGCAGUAUAAAGUGUAUGUCACUGAUAAGGAGAUGGAACAGGUAGCCCAGAGUCUCAUCAAGAGACAUGCAUGUUUAACUGAGAAGGGCUCCAGCACUGGAUGUGGUGGAUGGAAAAUGAGUUUAAAAUAUAAACUGUCUAACUAUCGCACACAUCUGAGAAAACUUGGAUGCCCAGAAGUGACGGUGAACUCCAUAAAAAACAAACCUGCUGGAAAGCACAGUGCAGCUUUUGGCAUCAAAAAGGCAAAGAGAGCAGAAGUUAAUUUUUGCCCAACAUACCCAUCAGCAGAAACUGAGGAGAGUCUAGAAGCCAUGCGGAAAGCUUUACUCUUGGAUGUAAGGAAGAGGAACAACCGAGAGGUUGUCAAGCUCAACAUGGAAAAGACUUUCGCAUUGAGAAAGACAUGAGGUUGUUCGUGAUGCACCGAUGGUGGAUGAUUUCAUGGCGAGAUGGCCUGCUUUGUUUGAAGUCAGUGAGAUCAACGCUGAAUUCAAGAGAAUCACGACUGUACCACUUCAGUCCAAGUUCUUUUCUCAGGUGGACCUCCACACUGACAACUUGACAAGGCUGUUCCAGAAGAGAGGAGGACAGCUAGGUGAACGGCUCAAAAGAAUCACUGCACAAAUUGCCAAUUGUGAUGAUGUAGAUGCUGGACGAGAGUGCAUCAUUAAAGGAGUCUGUGUCUACAUGGGCGAAGAUCCAGAUAACCUCCUACAGGAAUAUGUGAGCCUGGAUCAGAACACGAUCAACAAGGCCAUUGAAGACACUACAGUUGGUAUAUAUGUUGUCAAAGAACAUGCUUCAAGUGAUGAAGCAGAGGACAUUGGCAUUGUUCUUGAAGGCAUCAAGGUGUUACAAAACCUUGAUAAUGUAGCAUUAGGUGUUGCUGUUUUAUUUGGAUUGAUGUAUGCGCUGAACCUCAGCUAUCCUGCUGACCUCCGCUACACUUUUGAGGUAAUUCAAAAGAUCUGGAUGGAACUGGAUCGAGGGAAACUUUCCAACAGAGCACUUGCUCUGAAAAACAGGCUCCAUCAGUGAACAGUUCAGACUGGAUUGACUGAUUUUGCACAGGAAAAAGCAGUGAUAUUUAACUAAAUUCUGUCGCAACUGAUGCUUUUAGUCUGAGAACUAAGGAGCUACAUCAGACUCACGUCAGACAAGUCCAAGAUACAGGUACAAGUUGUUUU